AUGUCUGGCCGCGGCAAAGGAGGCAAAGUUAAGGGGAAAGGCAAAGUCCCGUUCCAACCGCGCUGGAUUGCAGUUCCCAGUCCGGUCGUUUUCACCCGUCUGCCUCCGGAAGGGCCAACUAUGCCGAGCGUGUCGGUUGCCGGCGGCUCCAGUCAUACUUGGUGCCCGUAUGGAAUAUCUUGGGCCGCUGAAGUGCUCGAAUUGGCAGGAAACGCUGCCCGUGACAACAAGAAGACCAGAAUCAUUCCCCGUCAUCUGCAGUUGGCCAUCCGCAACGACGAAGAAUUGAACAAGCUGCUGUCGAAACAUAAAACAUUGAAACAGCCAGCCCUGCGUGAGCUGUUCCUGAAGAGAGAGGAGGGUAAACUGUUCAUCCAGUUCCUGCCCCAUUUUCUACUAUCUACUGCUUGA